ACAUCUGCUCUCUUGUUUUUCCCUCAAUCUUUCAUCAGUGUAGAGGAAAGCGUCCGAAAGUGUGUGUGAUAAUGUCCAGACUGGUUCCCAACGCCACAGAAUCUAGACUGGCUCCAAACACCACAGAACCUGCAGCUAUUCGAGCUACCCGUCAUGAUUGGAUAUUGUACACAGUUCCUUCCAUUGCCUUUGUGAUUGGACUGAUGCUGUUCGCACUAAUCUACAAAACACAGCGCCACAGAGAGACAAAAACAAUUCGAAGGGUUCCAGCUGUAAAGACCACCACUAACGGGACAACAGCAAAACACAAUGAUACACGUCCUGGAUUCACUGAAGCUCAAAUGGAGAAAGAGGCCGAUCUCAAAAAACAAGAGGCCCAGUCUUACGAGAAUGUUUCGGCAGCCAUCUACAGCAAUCAAGAUAAAGUGACAUACUAUGUAACCCAGGAUGAAGACUACAUUACCCCUGUUGAAAUGGGAGAUGCUGUGACAGCAUCAGAGCAAAAUGACAACACCUAUCUUCUGCCUCAGAAUAUAACAGAUAUAGAUGGAGAGUCAUAUGAGAACAUGGAUGGAUGUGUGUAUGCUCAGCCUCGCAACAACACUCAAAAACACACACUCAGCGCUGACGAUGACGAGUCCUACGAGAAUAUGGAGGGCAAUGCGUGUUCCUUCAGACCACCAGCAACUUACAACAGCACAAAUACCUUGGAUGAUGAGUCAUACGAGCGCAUGGACAGCAUCCAGACCCCGAGUGAUAGAUGGAUGGAGAGGAACGCGAGAGAGACUGAGCGGAGGGCAGAAAGAGACAGACAAGAGAAGCAGUGGUACUUCCGACAGAAAACGGUAUGAAAGAGGAAAGUGAAGCUGAAAAUGACCAGUGACGGAAUAAGACAUGAAAAAGCGAGUGAAGAAGACUGACUCACUGGGAUUCGAACGUGAAAACUUUUCAUCUUUCCUGAACUCAGAACUCAACUCAGUCUUCCAGCUUCUGGCCAAAAGGCGUCAACAAAAGUUUAUACUAUGUUAAAGGAGCAAUGAAGACAAAGAUUCUCUACCCCAAAUGAAGUCAAUCAGCCAAGACAUGUUUUGUGUAGAGUCUAACUAAACAGUAUUAACAUGAGUAGUAGUGACAUCAUAGGUUCCCAGGGUGCUAUGCUCCCCAAAUGAUU